AGUUUAGUCUCUCGUGCCGUACACAUCUCCUAAAUUUUCGUCUUAAAAACAAAAGCAAAAAAAAAAUUCUUCGCUCCUAAAACAUAGGAAUCUUUUCGAGAGAUCUCAAGCAAACGGCGAAGUUUCCCUCCGAUCCUGAAAGAUGUGUAAUACUGCCUGUGGUUCGGUGUCAUAUGCCCUGGCCUACGGUCCAGUGGGUCCCGCCCUACCCGCAAUGAACUACUGCAACUGCUGCUGUGGCCCCAGCCCUCCCUGCGGACCAUGGACCUGUCCGCCCAACCGCUGCUGUGGCUGUGGCGAGUGUGGAUGCUUUGGACCCUACUACUGAGGAGACUCGAGGCGGCGCAGAUCGAGUCUCGGAUCAAACUGAAGCCGAAACACCUCGCAGAAUUUAAGGAGCGAAGAUUUUUUUUGUUGCUUUUAUAAUAUUUUCCAUACAAUAAAUUAUAAUGUAUUGUAAAUGCA